UGGGGAACUGAUAACGAUAACAUGAAUCCGUACCAGUGGCCGAUCAAGAAAAAUGUGGGCGAUGCGAUUAGCGGGCAGUUUUUUUCCAAUCUCUGAGGGAAAAGAAAGUAAACCCCCACUAACAUCCAUCACCAACUCGUCCUCCAAAAUCUUGACACCCAGGAACCCUCUUCGCUUCACCUCAAAAGAGGCAUAGAGUCUUGAGUUUCUCCUUCAUUACAUACGAAUUCACAAACCUCUCUUCCGACCGACCUAAUGAGUGACAACGCUGGAGCCAAGGGCCCUGAGCCUGGCGAUCGAGUUGCCAUUGGUAUUACCUUUGGUAACUCCAACAGUUCCAUUGCCUAUACUGUUGACGACAAGGCCGAGGUUAUUGCCAACGAGGAUGGAGACCGACAAAUUCCCACCGUUCUCUCUUACGUUGAUGGCGACGAGUAUUACGGUGGACAGGCCAAGAACUUCCUCGUUCGCAACCCCGAUAACACCAUCGCCAACUUCCGAGACUUCCUCGGCCAAGAAUUCAAGUCCAUCGACCCUACCCACUCUCACGCCUCCGCCCACCCCAAGGAUGUUUCCGGUACCGUCGCGUUCUCCGUCAAGGAUAAGAGCGAGGAAGAAGCUUCAACUGUUUCAGUUUCAGAGGCCACUACUCGAUACCUGCGACGGCUUGUGGGUUCUGCUUCCGACUACCUGGGCAAGAAAGUCACCUCCGCCGUUGUUACUGUUCCCACAAACUUCACCGAGAAGCAGCGAGAGGCUCUAAUCAAGGCCGCCAGCGACGCCGACAUCGAGAUCCUUCAGCUUAUCUCUGAACCUGUUGCCGCUGUUCUGGCUUACGAUGCCCGUCCUGAAGCCAAGAUCGAGGAUAAGAUUGUUGUUGUCGCUGACCUUGGAGGCACUCGCUCGGAUGUUGCUGUUAUCGCUUCCCGAGGCGGUCUCUACACCAUCCUCGCCACUGCUCACGAUUACGAGUUUGCUGGUGUCCAUUUGGACAAUGCUCUUAUGGACCACUUCGCUAAGGAGUUCCAAAAGAAGCACAACAUCGACCCCCGAAACAACGCUCGCAGUCUUGCUAAGCUCCGACUUGAGUCUGAGGCUACCAAGCGAGCUCUGAGCCUGGGCAGCAACGCUCAGUUCAGUGUCGAGAGCUUGGCGGAUGGUUUCGACUUCUCUGUUACUAUCAACAGAAUACGAUACGAGAUGGUUGCCCGCAAGGUUUUUGAGGGCUUCAACCGACUUAUCGAGGGUGUUGUCAAGAAGGCCGGCCUCGAUAUUCUUGACAUUGACGAGGUUAUCCUGUCUGGAGGUACUGCCCACACUCCUCGUAUCGCUAAUAACCUCCGUGGUAUCUUCCCUGAGACCACUGAGAUUCAGGCUCCCGCCACGAGCGUGUCCGCCAUCAACCCUUCUGAGCUCCUUGCUCGUGGCGCUGCCCUCCAGGCCUCUCUGAUCCAGGAGUACGAGGCCGCCGAUAUCGAGCAGUCCACUCACCCUGCUGUCACCACUGUCAAGCACAUCUCCAACGCUAUUGGUGUGAUCACCGUGGGCGCUGACGGCGAGGAUGUCUUUACUCCCAUCAUCGCCCCUGAGACCGCCGCCCCUGCCCGACGCACCGUCCACAUCCCUGCUCCCAAGGAGGGUGGCGAUGUUCUUAUUAAGAUUGUUGAGGGUAACACCCACAUCAAGGUCACCAAGCCUGAGCCUAAGGCCAAGGAGGAGAAUGGAGAUAAGGAUGAGGACGACUCCGACUUUGAUGAUUCUGAUGAAGAGGAGGAGGAGACUCGGGAGAAGAUCUGGAAGAUCGGUAACCCUCUCGCCGAGGCCGCCAUCAAGGGCGUCAAGGCUGGUGGUAAGGUUGAGGUUACGAUUAACGUUCUAGCCGAUCUGGGCGUUACCGUCACAACCCGAGAAGUUGGCGGCAAGGGUGGUGUGCGAGGAAACAUCUAAGUCUGGAAAUGCUGGACUCUCAAAAGCAGGAACUUUGAUUGAAAAGCCGCAAUGAUUUUAUGAGUGGGUAUAUAAGGGGGAUGGGCAUGCAAAAGCACGGGUUUAUUGGUAGAUUCUAGAGGACACAAUAGAGGGUUGUCAAGGAUGAAUUGAAUAAAGACUUUCAACAUUUAA